CAAAACAACACAGACCGGCGGUUGAGUGGAGCGGCACGCAGCGCGAUUCGUGCUCGUUAGGCGCUCCGCUGUAUAAUAUCGCGGGAAGUCUGCUCGUGCUCGGUGAGCGAGGCGGACGGUUCUGUGCAUUAAUUGCGGCUCGGGAGCGAUGUCGUUCCGUUGCGGGAGACUCGUGCCCGUAGCGCGAUGUUUGCACUCCUAUCGAGCGCUGCAAGUUACACCGAAGAGGCUGCACGAGGACGUUACCUGGGCAUCGCGUAGCAAUGUGCUCGGCAGCUCGCGCGUCAGCUGCGGUUCUUCCAACAAACGCGCGGACCUGUCUUCUCCCUCGGUUCGAGGUGAAACCACGAGCCAUGGUGGCUGUAACGGGAACACCUGGGGCUCCGCUCCUUUUGUCGCUGCCUUAGGCUUAGGGAGCCUGGCGGCGGGCGGACGACAGAAGCCCUGGGAUGCUCCUCUCUCAGCCUCAGGUGCUGUGCGCCGUCACCGAUUCCAGCCGGAGCCGAAGCUCACUCUGACUCUCCUUCAUACGGGUCCUGGUAGAAGCGCGUGGCUCGGCAGCGCGGGUGCUGCUGGACCUGCCGUGUUCCUAUGGCCCGAGGCCGGACGCUGCGCGCUCUGGUGUCCAGCGACACGAUUGGCAACCAGGGCGUCUGAGCUGAGCGCGGGAAAGAGAGCUCAGUCUACAAACACAGUACCCAGCAAAAGCCCCCAGGAACCAGAGAAUGGAAAGCCUAACAAGAGACAGCAGCUGAAGAAGGUAUUUAAAGAGUAUGGAGCAGUAGGAGUGAUGUUCCACAUCAGCAUCUCCUUGAUGUCACUGGGAAUGUGCUAUGCAGCCAUCUCCAGUGGGAUCGACAUGACAGCGCUGCUGUUCAAGGUGGGCUUCAGCGAGACUGUGGUCCAGUCCAAAAUGGCAGCAGGCACCAGCACUUUCGUCUUGGCGUAUGCAGUGCACAAGCUUUUUGCACCCGUGCGCAUUAGCAUCACACUGGUAUCUGUGCCGCUACUUGUGCGCUACUUCCGAAAGACUGGCUUCUUCAAGCCUCCGGCAUCCACACCUUGACCGUUGCGCUGCCCCAGCCCACUGGCAGACCUGUCUGUGCUAGUAGUGCCUCGCUGAUGUGUCAUCUUAACUGCUUCUCUACAUGUGUUCCAGCGUCAGGAGUGGAAAACCUACACCAAACUGAUUCUCAGGAUGAAUUCUAACAGUUUUUCAUAAAUGUGUGCUGUUUUCAUUCCUCUAUUUGCAUGUUUAAGGCUUUUAUAGAUGGUAAAAUCACUAAUGCUUUGGAUUGUCAAAGCAAAAAAAAAAAAGCAAAAGCUCUAUUUUAUCUUCUGAAGAUUUUUUUUUUUUUGUCAAAAAAA